GUGGAAUACUCGAUAGUAUUGUUACUGAAAACAACAAGUUUUAAAUUUAAUCUCAUCUCCAAUGGAUAAACCAUUUUCCGUUCUGUUUGUGUGUUUAGGAAAUACCUGUCGAUCCACUAUGUCAGAGGGCAUUUUUAACCAUUUAGUGAAAUCAAAAGGACUCCAAGACAAAUGGAGGAUUGAUAGUGCUGGAAUUGAAAACUGGCAUGAAGGUAAACCACCAGAUGAAUUCACAAUAGAAAUGUUAGAGAGAAACAACAUGCUGGACGGAUACUGUCACACAGCCAGACAGAUAACAGAGGCUGAUUUUAUGAAAUUCAAUUUUAUUCUUGGAAUGGACUUGUACAAUAUUAGAUGUCUAAAGAGAAAAGCACCACCAAAUUAUACUGCCAAACUUUUUUUCAUGCACUUUAUGUCAUUAUCAAGGCACCAUUUGAAGUUUUUGAAGAAUUGUAUGUUAAAUGUCUCAGAUGCUGUCAAAGAUUUCUGGAGGUACAAACUGAUCAAGUUCCACAAACAGAAAAAUAGAUUGUGA